GCACGUCACCAGCCGCGGCCACCGUGCGCCUGGGCCCGGGGCAGAGAGUUGGGCGCGAUGUGGGCUGGCCGCGUCCUUCACGCGGCGCUCUCCGGGGGCCCCCGCGGCCGCCGCGCGCAGUCAGCGCUGGCCCAGCUGCGUGGCAUCCUGGAGGAGGAGCUGGAAGGAAUCCGCGGGGCUGGCACUUGGAAGAGCGAGCGAGUCAUCACGUCCCGUCAAGGACCGCGCAUCCACGUGGACGGCGUCUCCGGAGGAAUCCUUAACUUCUGUGCCAACAACUACCUGGGGCUCAGCAGCCACCCCGAGGUGAUCCAGGCAGGCCUGCAGGCCCUGGAGGAGUUUGGAGCUGGCCUUAGCUCUGUCCGCUUCAUCUGUGGGACCCAGAGCAUCCACAAGGAUCUAGAAGCAAAGAUAGCCCAAUUCCAUCAGCGGGAGGACGCCAUCCUCUAUCCCAGCUGUUUUGAUGCGAACGCUGGCCUCUUUGAGGCCCUCCUGACCCCGGAGGAUGCGGUCCUGUCGGACGAACUGAACCAUGCCUCCAUCAUCGAUGGCAUCCGCCUGUGCAAGGCCCACAAGUACCGCUACCGCCACCUGGACAUGGCCGAUCUGGAGGCCAAGCUGCAGGAGGCCCAGAAGCAUCGGCUGCGCCUAGUGGCCACUGAUGGGGCCUUUUCCAUGGACGGGGACAUCGCACCCCUGCAGGAGAUCUGCCGCCUCGCCUCUCGAUAUGGUGCCCUAGUCUUCGUGGACGAAUGCCAUGCCACUGGCUUCCUGGGGGCCACUGGACGGGGCACGGAUGAGCUGCUGGGUGUGAUGGACCAGGUCACCAUCAUCAACUCCACGCUGGGGAAGGCACUGGGCGGAGCAUCAGGUGCCUGCAGGGCUGUAUCCCUGGGAUCCCUUAUCCACGUGCAGGGCCCUGGAGGGGUCUCGGAAGGGGGCUACACGACAGGACCUGGGCCCCUGGUGUCCCUGCUACGGCAGCGUGCCCGGCCCUACCUCUUCUCCAACAGCCUGCCACCUGCCGUCAUUGGCUGUGCCUCCAAGGCCCUGGACCUGCUCAUGGAGAGCAAUGCCAUUGUGCAGUCUAUGGCAGCAAAGACCCAGCGGUUCCGCAGUAAGAUGGAGGCUGCUGGCUUCGCCAUCUCGGGAGCCCAUCACCCCAUCUGCCCUGUGAUGCUGGGUGACGCACGGCUGGCCUCUUGCAUGGCAGAUGACAUGCUGAAGAGAGGCAUCUUUGUCAUCGGGUUCAGCUACCCUGUGGUCCCCAAGGGCAAGGCCCGGAUCCGGGUACAGAUCUCAGCGGUGCACAGCGAGGAGGACAUCGACCGCUGCGUGGAGGCCUUCGUGGAGGUGGGGCGGCUGCACGGGGCACUGCCCUGAGCCCUGGGCACUGACAAGCAGAGCCAAGGGCCCCGUCCCUCCACAGUGACAAAGAGGGCCUUUCAUCAGCGCAGGCCAGAGGCUCUGAGCCCUGUCAAAGUCCUGCACUCAAGCUGGGGCCAGGCCUGUGCUCGUGGCUGUGUGUGAGGCAACAGUGUGGAAACUGGCUGUGA